ACCACGAGGAGUCUACCGAGAGUCCUCUCGUCUGCUCGGUUUCAUCCGCGCGUUUCGUGUGAGGCGAGUUGGAUGUUCGUGGCGCUGAGGCUUUGUUUUGGUCCUCACGUGUGAGUGUUUUGGUUGGGUUAGCUGUCUGUUGGAUAUAAAUAUUUGUGCUGAUUUCAACUUUGGAUAUUCUUGAUAAAGAAGGCUCUGCCAGCCCUUGGAUGCCGCAUGUGUGUCUCGGUGUGUCGCUUCCAGAUGAAGGAGUACCCUCCGAUGUGUCCACAGAUCGAACCCCUGCACCUGCUCCCCCUGGAGGAGGAGGACGAAGAGGAGGAGGACCGCAAUGGAAAAAUCAUCCAGUUCGACUUGGACACUGUGGAGGGCACGUCCACCAUCACCAACCAUGAUCUUCCGAUCUUGGUGCUGCCCACCAUCGUCACAGAGGAUUACGACACAAAUCGGACGAUGGCGUUGCCGGACGACGUCCGGCUCGGCGACCGAGAGCGUAUCCGGUCACUGUCCGGUGGCACUACCCACAAAACUCUCCCCCCUUCCUCCAACUCGUCUGCUACCAGCAGCCGAGAAUCUUCAUCUGGAUCCAUCACGGGGCGUUUCAGGAGGCAAUCCGGGGAUGACGCCGGCAAAAAAUCUGCCACAGCGCUGUUCGAUGCUUUCCGGCCGCGUUCCAAAUCGGACAGCAAAAGCAAAAGGCCCACUUUCAUGUCUUCGCUCAGGUCAAGCAUGAUGUCCUCGGGAAGCGGUUCCCUGUCGCGCUCUGCCGUCGUCAGCCCCACGUCCCCCCUCGCCAUGCACAGCACGCCCCCGGGGGGCAACGUCCUGGUGGAGCCCCAUCGGCCCCGCUCGGGAUCGGACAGCCGGGGCGCCGUUUCCAAGAUGUUCGAAAUGCUUCGCAAUCGAUCGCAGUCUGUCACCUCGGAUCUCAAGAACAAAACGAAGCUCGGUACUAACACAUCAUCAUCAAUCUCAUCUGGUGCCUUGCUCAGACGUCACUCCAUCGAUCCGGAUCGGCGGAAGGCAUCAGGAAAUCAGAUCGCCGGCCGCUCAGCCGAUGACCACCACACAGCUCUCAUUCACAGGGGGCUUCCAUUACAUGCAGAUCCACUUUGUGAUAAAAUUGACAUUGAAGACCUAGGUGAAGAUGAAAAUCUAGUUUUUGUUAAGUUUUUCAAAUGUUAUCGUUGUUAUGACCUAAUUCCAGUUAGUGCCAAACUUGUAGUGUUUGAUACACAGUUAUUGGUGAAGAAGGCAUUUUUUGCUUUAGUUCACAAUG